AUGUCUCGAGCUACAGUGGCCUGUCUAUCCUUCCUAGCUCUGGCAACAUUCGUGCGCGCCGACGAUUGUCCAGACAAUGCCCGAUCGCUCAUGGUCCACACGCCUUUCACACCGUACUGGAAGUUCGAAAGCUUCAACACCGGGCGCGAACAGUGCUGGGCAGCAGCCGACUGCCUCUUCGAAGCUGCCGGAGAAACGCGCAAGCAGCAAUUCGCCGCCAAUGCGCUGAUUAUGGGCCUGAUACCGCUGACGCUCAAAGAGAUCGCCUGGCCGGAGAGACACGUCGUGUACAUCACAAAUCCCCUGCCGAAACUCGUCGAGGUACUGGUCUUGGCCCUGGGGCUGGUGCCGCGGCGAGUCGACAAGCACGGUGCGACCGCGCGGCAGCAGAACCAGGAAGUCAAUGCGCUGGCAAGAUACGCAUCCCGAAAGUCUAGAUGGCACAUAGUCGCCAUAAUCUGCGUCCUCGCGGUCACCCUCGUGGGCUGCUACGCCGGUCUGGUGAUCAACGAGAUCUACAGCAAGCGAUCCGCGCUCGGAUGCGUAGCGCCGUUUUUCAUCGCGACGUGGUACGUGGUUGCGCUGCUCCCGGCGGUGAUACACGCCUUCUUUGCCAGCAGGAGGAAGGCGCGAUACGAGCGACUCGCGCAAGGUCCCGGAGGCAGCGACGAGCGGGAUGGAAUGGAAGAUAUCCUUUUGCAACCAAGCCGCAUGGCGGCACAAAAGGGGCCUACGGAUCCUGAUAGUAAUACGAGCUGGAAAGAGGAGCGUAGGGUUAAGAUAUUGUCUGCGAUCCAGGGUGCAGAGGAGACCUGGCCGGUGCAGUUGGCAUGGGGUGUGUACUUCGUUGCUGGAACGCUGGUUUUCACGAGCAUUAUGGCUGUGACUGUUGUUGAGCUGGUAGUCUGGGUCUUGCUCUGCUUUGCGGUGACAGGUACAAGUAAGGUACUCGCCUUCUUUCUGUGCUUGGGCUUUGAGAGACCGGGCAGCAUCUGA